UUCCCCUUCCUUCGACAUAUUUGUGAUAUUCUCAAUUGCGACAAUGGUAUCAUUACGGUGGCCAUAUAUCGAGGGCCCUUCAAUAUGGGGAGCGAAAACAUCGGCGUAUGAAUUCUGUGAAAUGGAUUUUUACAUGACUCCAUAUGUUGCAGAGUUCGUCAACACCCUGACCAAUUUAGGUUACAUCUAUCUUGGAGUCAGAGGAAUCAAGAAUUCUCGAAGAGGUGGUAACGAUAGUGUCGUGAAUCUAUGCUACUCCAUGCUCGUCUUCCUCGGUGCAGGCUCCGCCGCAUACCACCUGAACAUCAAGCACGAAACCCAGAUGCUGGACGAGGUAUCCAUGCUCUUCACCACAAUUAGUAUUUUGUAUGGCGCUUUCAGCAUCACCCUUGGAAGCGACGCCAGAAUAGCCCUCGCGACGCUUUUGACCGGAGUCGCUUUGUUGAUUUCCGUCAAUCACGUUGUUGUUGGCGAUGUUGAGCGUUUCCGGUUGUGGUUUUUAUUCCUAGUCCUGGGCACUUUUGCACAAUGCGUGUGGUUACUAUCAGCAAAGGUACCAAACAUCAAGGUCAAGAGGGAAGCUCAGCAGCUUGCGACUUAUGGCACAGUGGCUUUUGUUACUGCUUUUAUUCUCUGGAAUAUCGAUAAUGAAUUCUGCGACGAAUUGACCUCAUUCAGAAAUGGCCUCGGAAUCCCAUGGGGCUUCGUUACUGAACUGCAUGGCUGGUGGCACCUCCUUACUGGUCUUGCGGUCUACUACUACAUCGUCUUUGUUGAACGACUGAGGCUCUACAUUAAAAGCACCACCGCAAAAAGAUCAGGUGCAAUCCAAGCCAAAUUAGUUUGGUCCGGAGCACUCACUCUUCCACAAAUUGAGAUGUCAGCCAAAGAGGAUUGAUAGGACUGGACCAAGAGGCAGGAGAAGCUUCUGGAAUAAUCUGAAUUGAGUUCUGGAACUACAAAACAUUCUGAGAAGGUGGAAGGGAGGAUGGGUGAGAGGACAGGUAAAAGGAUAUGUGAGAAGAUGGGAGAGAAGAUAGGAGAGAAAAGAUGUAAAGGCAAGAGGGAGAUAGUCAUUUAUAGAGUACGAAGCCCCGGGCAAAUCGCAGAGAACGACGUCAAAUACCCUGAAGUAAGACGCAAGAAAAUGUCCUUGCAUGGAAGACAAGUA